AGCAGCAAACCACACCAGAGCACCCGCCAACCACCCACUUUGUUGAAUUUAGUGGAGUUGUUUUUUUUCUGACUUCCCGAAGUGACUGCCAAGGCUGUACUGUUGUGAAGGUUAUGAAGGUUAAUAUAUUCCCUGAUCGUGGGCCAAGACUCGGAAAGUUCAACAACAAUUGUUUCGUUUUUCCCGCUGGGAUGCGCUUUUCAAGAUCCUCCUGGCCCUUCCUCCCAUGUCUCCUCCUGCUCCCCCUGACGUCAUCCUUUGACCCGGAUGCAGGACUCGUGACGUCAUACACCAAGCGAGCCUCGGCUUCGGUGACCGCCUCCUCCCAACCGAACCACGCCAACCUGGCAAAUGACGGAGACCCGGCCACUCACUGGAUGUCGGCGGGAUGUAUGCCAGGUUUCUACGUGAGGACCGCCCCCGCUAAUGUCCUCAAAGACGCCUGUAGCCAGGGGCUAUGUUCUCUGACAGGUGGCGCGGCGCUCGCGUCUGGCAAGUCCGACCUGGUGAAAGUGACAGAUGGAGACACAGGCACAGGCGUCCAGUUCUCGGUGUCGGCUGCCGGUAACGGUAACGGUGUCGGUGGCGCCGCCGGAUCUGUUCCCUAUCUGGAUGUGAAUCUACCGACACCGCAACGCGUCCAGUACGUCACGAUACGGGGGCGAUACGCAGCGUCGACAUCGCUGAAACUUUUGGAUGAGAACAGCGCGAUGGUGGAAGAGUUUCAUCUAGAUGCUGGCGACAACUACAGGACCAAGGAUCUGAGAGUUUCCGUGAGCGUGCGCGUGAAGACGGUGAGGUUUGAGGUGAGCGCGGGCUCCAUGUUGUGGGAACUGGCCGCCUUAGGGGAGAAAGGUUGCGUUGAUCACGUGACCUGGGAUCUGGGCGAGCUGUCGGAGGUCCGAGUGGUCAAGUCCCGCCACUGGGCUGGUCACCACGGACUGACCACCGACAUGUUUGUGUCGGCUGACGGCCUCACCUGGCAGCACGUGGCCAGUCUUGACCCUAACGCCCUCGGGACGGUGACCACCAUCUUGACCAAUACUCUAACGGUCAGGUACAUCCGGGUACAACACCAGUACACGGACACCGACUACGCCAAAGUCUACAUGUGGGAACUGGACGCGUACGACAAGGAUGGAGAAUUCGGCCCGGCGCCGGACGCCGCGGUGAAUCCGACACCGCUCCGAGAGAUGCUUGGGGUGAACGGGAUCUGGGGCUGGGGAAAUAACCGCUACAGCGACCUGCUCCCCGCGGGCCAGGGGCCGCAACUCUAUUCCCCUGUGGCCAGCCACGGGCGGAACUACCACAACAUGGAUUGGGACGUCACUGACCCGGAUGUGAGCGCUGACUACAGCAAGAUGGCGGCGGGGGGCGGGACCCAGGCUAAGAGUUGGCUGGAUUGGGACAAGGAGUAUCUCGCAUGGGCGCGCAGCAAUCUGACGGUUCACGCGUCCUUACAGUUUACAGCCGACAUGUUUUCCGAGUCGGUAUGGGACAAUGUCGGGCGCAGUUCCCGUAGAUACGGCGAGGAAUUUGCCCGGCAUUUCGGGCCGAGUCGUGGCGCUUCAAGCGUGAAAGCUGCGGAAGUCGGCAACGAACCGUGGAGAUAUCCCGCGGCGUUCUACAAAACGGUCUUGGACAACAUGGCGGCAGGUCUGAAGCACGGUGACCCCAACAUUCUAGUUCUGCCGGGAGCUUUUCAAGCAGACGACAAGGAGUCGGCGGGGAACUACAUCGGGACCAGGGUGACGGAGACGGCUCUUCCCUCCAUUGACGUCAUCAACUUCCACCACUACAGCUACGUCACGGGAAAUGACGGCGUCCGCAGAGCGACAUUCCCGGAACACCCGGCGAGUUCUUUUAACUCACUCCGGAAUAUGCUGCGCUGGAGAGACGCUAACGCCCCGCACAAACCUGUGUGGGUUACCGAGUGGGGAUGGGACUCCGCCGGUGUGGGGGAGGCCUGUAACUUCCACGAGUGUGUAUCGGAGACGGCCGCUGCCGUGUACGCCAAGAGAGGCUUGUUGCUGCACGCGAGACACGGCGUGGAGAGGUCCACCUGGUUCUUUUACGGAAAUCUCAACGAUUGCGACGACCACAUCUACUGCAGGAGCGGCCUCACAGGGUCUCAGCACGCGGGUUUCGCGAAAAAGAAGACAUACGUCGCUCUUCAGAACUUGCUUUCCCUCCUCGGACACUUUCACUUCCUAGAAGCCAUCAGGGAAGACGAUCAUGGCUACGUCUACGCGUUCGGAAGCCCCGAUGCCGGUUGGCAAGGAUACGUGACGUCACACCUCGUCGCCUGGCAACCCGUGGACGCCGAGCACGCUACUGUUUCGUCGUCCAAUGUGACGUUUUACCACCAUGCCACGCCCACGGCGGUGUUCUGUGACGUCAGUGGGGUGGUGAGCCGCUGCGAUGAGCGUGUUCAGGUGGACUGUUCUACUGCUCGGUGGACCGUUGAGCUGACAGCUGAGCCCAUCGUGAUAGACAUCCGGGUAUUUGCUGCUUCUGGUUUGGUGGGAUAAAAAUAGCAUUCUUUUCAGGUUAAGAAAUAAACGAUAAGUCUUUCAAAACAA